AUGUACAGAAGAAUCAUUCAUUCACCCAUCGAUCGUCUCACUCGUUUUUUGAAACAUGUUUCUCGUCCUUGCUCACAUGUUCCACAUAAAACAAAAGAAGAGAGAAAUAGAGACAAAGACACAGCACAGAGCCAGUUCAGUUUCAUAGCUACUACUACUACAGCAGCACAAGAAGCAACAACAACUAGUUAUAUUAAUAUUACUAUAACUUUUAAUAAUAAUCAAUCAAUUCAAAUAACAUCGACUUGA